AUGUCUUACUACGAGACUCUGGUCGCGGCUGACUACGAAAUCGCAACACUAGAAUCGUCCCUCGGCUAUCCUAGAUGGGCUCGAGAACUUCGCUACGUGGCAACUCGUCAAGGUCUCUGGGAAUACCUCACAGGAGAAUUUGAGCUCAAGGCACAACCAGACUGGAAGGACGACACCAAGUACCCGGAUACCGAAGAAGGUUGCGCGCUCCUCGAGCAGGACCACGACGACUACAAAGUACAGAAGGAAGGAAUAAGACGAGCAUGGGCAAUCCUCCGCUCAACAGUCGGCAUCACUGUCGGACGAACCACCUACGACUGUUUGACUCCCGCCGAAGCCUUCAAAGCCAUGACAGACCAAUACAAAGACACCGACUACAAUAUCAGAAAGUCAUCAUACAACCGCAUGGAAGCCAUGAGACUCUCAUCCAACCAAACCAUGUGCAACUUCAUCUACGAGGUCCAAUCAUGUGCCCAGGACAUCAUCGAUGCCGGUGGUUCCUAUUCCGACGAACAAGUCAUCUUCAAGAUUGGUCGAAGCCUCCCCAAGCGCUAUGAUUCUUUUGUCAUGCAUCAUAUCGAGUCGGUAGAGAUGCCUCCGAAAUUCAACGUUAUUGCUGAUAGACUUGUGGCACUUGAACGGAAGUUCCUCGAGCGUAAGCAGGCUAGAGGCAAGAAGGGGAGGUGA